AUGCCUUCCUCCAACAGCAACUCCGGCUCCGGCUCCGGCUACUCUUACAAGAGCAGCGGCACCAACAGCCAGGGCAACCAUUACUGCGCUCGCGACUACGGCUCCUCCGCUUCAAACCAGAAUUCGUACCACUACUCCAACGCCAACGGAUCCUACUACUACUCCAACUCCGACGGCUCUACCUACUACAACAACGGCAAGGGUUACUCUUCCUACACCCCUAGCGGCGGCAAGUAA